GGUUGAAAGCCAAAGCAGUGGCUAAGUACGUCUGUAAAUGAAUAUUUCUCUUGGCCCAGUCACUCUUUGACUUCGUCUUUUCCCACGCUAAACAACGAAACCAAAUGUGAGAAAAUUUGCAUGGGUCAGGUAAAUUUUGAACGUACGUGCUUCAGUACUCAGUAUUAAAGUAUUCGUUAAGAACGUCUAACAUGGGACUAGCGGCUUGUAUAUGCACCAAAGUUAUCCAGCUUAUUGCUACAGUGGCAGCGUUGAUUGUUAAAAGAUUGUCAGACAAACAUUCGGAGAGGGUGUUUGUCGUAAACAAAAAACAAUCCCGGGAAUGGACACUCUUGAACAAUAUUUCUUGGUCAAAAGAGGGCGACGAUUUCAGCACUCUUACUUUUCUGGGAUACACCUUUAUUUCAGGUUUACUUCUCACAAGAAUUAUUGAUACAACCUCGAACUAUGGUACAGCCGAAAUAAUUCUUUUGACCUGUGGAGUUAUAUUUUUCACCAUAGAGGGUCUACUGAUAUUUUUUACAGUGGAACAGUUACCCGAGGAUCUUCUAAUUUAUGCCUAUUCCCUGGGAACACUUUCUUUCAUCUGCGCAGCUUUGUUUGCUCUGGACUUAAUGCUGUUCAAAAACCUGUUAAAAGUUAAGAAUUCAACAGUCCAAACAGAUCAAUUGAAAGACUCCUCAACAGUUGCCCUAAAAGUUUACAAUUUGUCGCAAGAACCCAAGACAAACUGCUGCAACAAUCGUCCCCAAACACAGAUCAUAAAUGAAACUAAUAGGAAAUAUUUACGAACAGAUUUAUAGAUUCAC